GCAGCAAGGAGCGCGUAACGUGCCAUUGGGGGCUGUUUGAGUAAAGACUGAUGCUGGUGAAGGAGUGGUGGGUGGCGAGCUGUUUCAUUGGAAUUUCUACUCUACUUAUACUGCUCCUCUGGACAACGACCCGGGUCGGAAUGGCUCCUUUUGACAAGACCAUUUCCCUCUCAUCUAAAGCAGGCACCGUCCCCAUUGGCCAGGUACCUUAUCUAGACUGGUCCUCGUGAUGUCCACCGUUUCGAAACAUCGUCCUAACGGCGAGGAGGCUCUUGGUGGAGCUCAAAGAAGAAGCGUGGAAACUUCUUCAAUCUAUUGUGCCAGCUUUUUGCUUGGUUGAAUAUAUCAAUUUUGAUUGUGGGGCCCCGCAGGAGAGAGUAUUGAUACGUCUGCCUCAAAGAAAGCCCUUGAAUAUGCCCUUGGCCAGGCUCGUUGCUAUGCUUUGUGCGACCAUCCACGCCGACUGAUAGAGGCACCGGUAAAACAUGACAGCCAUGCACAAAACGCCACCAUCGC